AUGAAGGUAUUCUGCACUCUUGCCUGCAACUUGACAAAGUCCUCGGUCACUGUACGUUUAAAGGAGCCCUGGGCUGUUCCCAACCCACUUUUGACUUGCCUCUGCCAAGCUCGCGUUUGCUUCGCCGGGGACGUUCGGCCCGGCUCGCCCGUGCGUCUGGGGUUCCCGCCCGGAGGACAAAGGCCCGACGCGCAGAGCUCACCCAGGCCCGCCCAGUUGUUCCAGCGCGGCCGCGAGGCCGUAGGCGGGCCGAGGGACCUGCCCUGGCGUCGCGCCCGCCGCGAGUGUAGGCGUCGGCUCUCUCCACCCGUUCUCCCGACCUCCCGGCCAGCGGCAGCGGCAGCGGCAGCAGCAGCAGUAGCAACCCCACGGACCGGCCGACCGCCUCACCUCAGCAGCGGACAAUGGCGGUCGCUCCCCCCACCCACCCCGGCCCGGCGUCGACCGGGACGCGCCGCGCAGGCUGCUGGGAGUGGUAGUUCCAGGCGGAGCGCUUCCGGUUAGACCUUGGCAAGUUCCUGGAGGUGCUCGGCCUCCGAGUUCCUCCUUCUAGGGAUUUACCCGGACCGCCGUGCCAGAGACCUCGGCGAGGCGGGCGGUGCUUUCCCAGCGGCGGACCGCGCUCCCCAGCCACCGCUGCCUGACGUUAGGGGGCCUCGGUAAAUCGCCGGUCGGCGAGCCUCAGUUUGCCUGUCCGUAAAACGGCGGCUUGCUGUAGCCCCACUUAGCGGUGGGAACUUGGUUGAAGUCUGAGCACUUUCCUUUUCGUUCAGUAGUUAAAAGAUUGUAAGGAAGUGGUUGUUAGGAUACCCUUUUUGGACAAGGAACCUAAUUUUGAGCUUCCCCUCACAUAUGAAGCCCUACUCCUUGUUACCGAGACGAAUUUGAGUCCGCUGGACCGAGGCCUCCUUCCCAGCUGUGUUGGGGGUGACCCUUGCUCAGAGCUCCCUAGCCCCUUCCUCCUUGCUCCUUAUUCGCCAUGCCUGUUCAUUUCUCCACCCUAGUUUCGACUGAUUAGUUGGGGGGACAGCAUGGUGGUCAGAGAGUGGCCAAUUGCAGAGAGCCUUAGGGGCAUCGGAAUGGCUCUGGCUGUGAGCCAGGGCAUGGUUCUGAGCAGAGCAGUCAUGGGCUCUGGCCUCCUCAAAGGAUCACUCACUGUGGCUUCUGUGUGGAGAGCAGAGUUAAAGAGGGUGAGGGAAGGACCAGAGUGACCUUUGUACCAAUGCAGUAAUCAACGUGGGUGGUGAUCCGUGGUCAGAUUGUGGAAAUGUUAGCGUUCAAAAGGUAGCGCCAACAGGCAGUAGGUUAAAGGUUGUGCAUCAUGGGCUGCGGUCCAGUCUGUAAUACCCAGAACAAGGAAGGGCAUGGAGGAGGCCUCUCAAUGCAGAGCAGUUCACCAGGGCCCGGUGGGGAGUGGGUUACAGGUGUGUGAUGAUACUGCUUCCCUAAUACCCAGGCCCUCUCCUACUUCAGGUACCCCAGCUUGUUGGAUGCUACCUUGUUCUCUCUGUCACGAGGUGGCAAACGCUGGGGCGAACAGCCAUCUUGGAUGCCACAUUAUGGAAGUCUGGGCUACGUCUGAGCUGUUACUGAGGUUUCUGAGUGGGGAGAGACCAGAGCAGUAGGAGAAUCUAGGUUGUCUGUGGACAUGCCCUUCCUCUGAGAGGUGCCCAAAAUGUGGUCACUCCAUGCCACGUGAAGGGCUUCAGCUGGUUCCAUUUCCUCAAAACCAGAUAAGAAUGAAAGGUAAAGGGGGGGCUUCCCUGGUGGCUCAGUGGUUAAGAAUCCACCUGCCAAUGCAGGGGACACAGGUUCGAGCCCUGGUCUGGGAAGAUCCCACAUGCUGCAGAGCAACUAAGCCCGUGUGCCACAACUACUGAGCCUGCGCUCUAGAGCCCAUGAGCCACAACUACUGAAGCCCGCGCACCUAGAGCCCAUGCUCUGCAACAAGAGAAGCCACCGCAAUGAGAAGUCUGCACGCCACAAUGAAGAGUAGCCCGCACUGGCCACAACUAGAGAAAGCCUGCACGCAGCAAGGAAGACCCAGUGCAGCCAAAAAUAAAUAAAUAAAACUUAAUUAAUUUUUUUCUUUUUUUUAAGGUAAAGGGAGGAGGAGUCCAGGAUACAUUACUUGGAAUAAGUAGGGUAUUUUAUGAACUGGGUUGUAGGGUCGCCAAUAGUAUAAUAACUAGCACAAGUCAGCUAGACUUGAAGUUACCUUAUGCUCUCAAAUCCUAGGAUUAACUCAUCUUCUCCAGCUAAGAGUCCAAGAGUCACUAAGGUCAACACUAUGGGAUUCUGAGUCCCCCCAGAAGGACGUCAAGAUGCUUCUUUACUGCUGGUGACCAUGCAGAAGCUCCCCCUUCCACAGCUUUUCUUUGCCACCAGUUCACCAUUCAGCAUCCAAAUUCUCACAUCUCUGGAAUUUAACGUUAGACGUCUGCUCGUUUUUCUUUUAAGAAAAACAUGUAAAAUAUAGUAAACUCGUCAGAGAUUCAAUGAAACCCUGUGAACACACUCCUAAGCUGAAAAAAAAAAAAAUCAACCUACAGGCUGAAACACCUGUGUUUCCCUCGCCAAUAGAGAAACCCCCCCUUCCUCCAGAGGCAGCCACUAUCCUGAAUGAGAUGUGGAUCACUCCAUACAUUUCCUGAAACUUUACAUGCCUGUGUUCGAAAGCAAUACAAAGCACGUUUUGCAUUCAUAUAAAUGCAUAAGAUUUCAUCUGCAACUUGCAUUUUUUGCUCCAUAUAUAAGGAAAGAUUUAUCCUUUCAGUGUUGUUUUUUUUUUCCGUGUGGCAUGUGGCAUCUUAGUUCCCCAACUAGGGAAUCGAACCCGGCCCCCUGCAGUGGAAGCAUGGAGUCCUAAUGCAUUAUUUAAAAACUGCAUUAUUAUUAUUUUUGCAUUAUUUUUAAAGAUUAUUUUUUUGACGUGGACCAUUUUUUAAAAGUCUUUAUUGAAUUUGUUACAGUAUUGCUUCUGUUUUAUGUUUUGGUUUUUUGGCCAUGAGGCAUGUGGGAUCUUAGCUCUGUAACCAGGGAUCGAACCUGCACCCCCCUGCACUGCAAUGCAAAGUCUUAACCACUUGACAGCCAGGGAAGUCCCAACAAUUGCCUUUUUAUAUGCUUAUAAUGAACAACUGGAAAUUGAAAAUAGUAAAAAUACCAUUUACCGCAACAUCAAAAAAUAUGAAAUACUUAGGGAUAAAUGUGACAAAAGAUGUGAAGAAUUCAUACAUUGAAAACAAAAUAUUGCUGACAGAAAUUAAAGAAGACCUAAACAAAUAGAGAAAUAUACUUGUUUAUAUGUUAGAGGACUCAAUAUUGUUAGGAUGUCAAUUAUCUUCAAAUAUAUAGAUUCAAUGCAUUUCCAAUCAAAAUCCCAGCAGGAGUUUUUGUACACAUGGAAUCAUAUGAAAAUGCAAAGACCUAGAAUAAUAAAAACAACUCAGAAAUGAAGAAAAUUGGAGAGUUAGCACUAUCUGAUCUCAAAAAUUAUUAUAAAGUACAUAAUCGAAACAGCAUGGUAUUGGUAUAAACAGAUACAUCAAUGAAACAGAAUACAUAGCUCAGAAAUAAACCCAUACAUCUAUGGAUAACUGAUUUUUUACAAUGGCACAGAAGGCAACACAGUGGGAAAAGGAUAGCCUUUGCAACAAGUAGUACUGGAACAACAGGAUAUCUAUCUUUUUUUUUUUUUUUUAAAAGAACUUUGAUCCUUAACUCACACCGUGUACAAAAAUUAAAGUGGAUCAACAAUUAGAACCCAAUUUUUGAAAAAAGAGUAAAAUAUUUUCAUGAAAGAAGAUGGGCAAAUGACAAACAAGCACUUGAAAAGAUGCUCAACAUCAAUAGUAAUUAGAGAAAUAUAAAUUAAAACCACAAUCAGUGGCUUCCCUGGUGGCGCAGUGGUUAAGAAUGCAGGGGACACAGGUUCAAUCCCUGGUCUGGGAAAAUCCUACAUGCCACAGAGCAACUAAGCCCAUGCACCACAGCUACUGAGCCUGCGCUCUAGAGCCCGUGAGCCACAACUACUGAGCCUGCGUGCCACAACUACUGAAGCCCGCGCACCUAGAGCCCAUGCUCUGCAACAAGAGUAGCCACUGCAAUGAGAAGCCUGCGUACCGCAAUGAAGAGUAGCCCUUGCUCACCAAAACUGGAGAAAGCCCACGCGUAGCAACAAAGACCCAACACAGCCAAAAAUAAAUUAAUUAAAUAAAUAAAUUUAUUUUAAAAAAA